AACAUCAUGUACGUGUGCAUGACCUGUGAGUGUGAGGUAACAGUUCGACUGCUCGCAGCUCGCAUUCAGCAACCAAUACAUGACGUCGACUGUGUUCUGCCAUCCUCACGACCGAAUCCGCGUUAUCUAUCACAUGCAAGCACUUUUGUAGUGCACUAGCGACAACACUGGCGAUCGCAGGAUGAAAAAUCAGUUCAAAUGCCUGAUGGCAACACUAAAACUAACUUGAACUAUUUUAUCGGAUAGACACCAUUUCUACGAAUCAGUUUAGCUGAUUUCGCUGACAUAGCUACGGCCACGUCCCUAGCUUGAGAAUGGCUGAACCUGGACAUAGCGAGGAGACACCGCCGCAAAGCGCCUCCGCUGCCUCAUUGCCGACCAAGGGGUUGCAAGUGCAUGUCAUCAACCUUCGCUCUACACAGCAUGACCCUGGCAGCAGCAGCAACAGGAAGCGGACGGCGACCGUUGUACCGGUGCAGGACAGGGAGGAGCACACGCCCACGCUGAGACGAACUCCGGCUGGCGUCACCACGGCAACCUCCGCAUCGCCAGUCGGCGUCGUCGUCAGAGCCUCGGUGCCGUCGGCGUCUUGCGGCCGGCAGCGGAGAGGGAGCGAAUCAACGAGCACUCCCCGGCGACCCGUGCGCCUGACACGGCCCAGCGCAUCGCUAGGCCAGUCCUACGGGUCGAUGGAGGAGCUGAGGAAUAUCGAAGACACAUCCCGUGUACUGGACCAGGGUUCUGAGGCCAGUGAUCAUGUAGCUGUGGGAAUGCAGGUGGAAGUUCUCAGGCAGGCAAGACCAGCUAGCUUGGUAUCGCCUAGAGAAGAGGACACCCGGGGAGGAGGAGGAGGCUAUACGCCCUCGUCCAGAGGCCGGCACACACCGUCAGGUCGCGCAUACACCCCGGGCGAGGGGCAUGCCCCAAGCAGUGGUGCCUCGACCACCACCACCUCGCAGCCCCCGGGUGGCCACCCAGUGCAGCAGCAACCCAGCACCCUGCACACCGGGUUCUGUCUGGGCCAGGUGCUUAGCAACGAGACAGUGACAGCAUGCUCACAAGGACAAUUGGGCAUCGUGCGCUACAUCGGCACUACUCGCUUUGCCCGUGGUGAAUGGAUCGGAGUGGAGAUGAGACGGAAGGGCGAGGGACGGAAUGACGGCUCUGUGGACGGCGUGCGCUACUUUCACACCAACACUGGCCGUGGACUGUUUGUGCGCCGUUCUAGUGUGCGAGUGGUCAACAAGACUGAGACUAGACGUCUCUAUACUGCACAGACCUACAUGCACUCACCUGUGGCGAACGCCCAGGCCAAGAGACCACUACACUACCAGCAACAGCAGCAGCAGCAGUAUUCCCAGCAACAAGGAGGCCAGCAGCAGCAGCAAUACCAGCAGCAAUACCAGCAACCACAGCAACAGCAACCGGCGCAACAACAACCGCAGCAACAGCAACCGCAGCACCAACUGCAGCAACAACAGACGCAACAACAACAACCGCAUCAACAACAACCACAGCAACAGCAACCCGCGCAACAACAAUCGCAGCAACAGGAACCGGUGCAACAACAACUGCAGCAACAACCUCCGCAGCAACAACAACCACAGCAACAACAACCACAGCAACAACCGCCGCAUCAACAACAACCGCCGCAGCAGCAACAACCGCAGCAACAACAACAGACGCAGCAGCAACAACCGCAGCAGCAACAACCGCAGCAACAACAACCGCAGCAGCAACAACCGCAGAAUCAGCAGAAGGAACCGCAGCAACAGCUCCAGGAACUCCAGCAUCAACAUCACCACCACCACCAGCGGCAGCAGCAGCAACAACAACCGCAGCAGCAACAACAACCACUGCAGCGGCAGCAACCGCAGCAACAACAACCGCAGCAACAACAACCGCAGCAACAACAACAACAACCGCAGCAACAACAACAACAACCGCAGCAACAACAACAACCACGGCAGCAGCAACAACCGCAGCAACAACAACCGCAGCAACAACAACAACCACUGCAGCGGCAGCAACCGCAGCAACAAAAACAACAACCACGGCAACUGAAGCUGAAACCCCUAUCUCCUCCAUCAGCACAGGAAGGACAACGCCAGUUUCUGUCGCCACGGCAGCAACAGACGCUUCGUUGUCUGCGGCAACAUCAACUGCAGCGUCUACAGACUGACGUUGCGGAUGUGACUUCAACUGACCAGCUGACAGAAGAGGAUGUAGGCUAUUUAGAGCAAGCACUGCCGCGUAUCUUUUCCCCUAGUCAAGAGCCACAGGCUGGCGAAACUACGCAGUCCUCUGCAGAAGACGCAGUUGGCAUGCAGUUGUCACACCCUGAACUGAUUGCCUCGGUCCCAGACGAGGUACAGGAGCAGCUUGCAGUGCCUGAAAAACAGCAGCCUUCCACUCUGCGACAGCAGCAAAAGUCUGAUUCCUCGGAGUCGGAAGAACCAGAGCAACAACCAUGGCAGCAGCAGCCGCAGCAGGGGCAGCAGCAGCAACAGAAGCAGCAGCAGCUGACUCAAGAGCUGAUCAACGAGGAUGUUGUACGUUUGCAUGUGAGAGGUGAAUGUGUGCAUGUACCUCGUGUGGCACCCGUUAUCAUUUAUCUAGGAAAAUCUGAAUCAUCGGACCCACAAGAGGGCCAAACAGACAGCUCUUCCAUGCACAACGAUCCAUCAUCCCAUCGCAACAACAGCCCAUCAUCCAAUCGCAACGACAGCCCAUCAUCCAUGCCACUCGCACCUAGCAAACUCCUGAGCACCAGGGAAACGAAAUCCGAAGACUUUCAGCACGUCGGAUCGUCGGGGAUGGACUCGUGGAGACACAAAGAGGCUGCCGGGGAAAAAUUGCUCAACAAACAAAUUGAACGCUCAUUCAGCUUCCCUGUUAUGUCGCAUCCCAAGCAGCACUUGGAACUAUUACUGAGAGAUUUGCCGACAAGCGCUGGCACCCCGGUAGCUAACAAAGACGGGUGCGAAACGAGACAGACAACCUUCCCGUGUCUGCCGACGGGAUCCGCUCAAAGCAUGCCUUCGCUCCCGCAAGUCGACGAGGUUAUCAUCCCAGUGGAAGUGGAUGACGACGACGGCUCCACCUCGCGUCAGGAGCAAGAGCGAUUGCUAUUACGUCGCCACCGCUGUGACUCCGAGCCGACGAGGACCUCCGGACGGGGCUUUGAUGGCGUCUUACAUGGCACGAGACGUCGGAGGUCGCUCACGUCGGAAGCUGGCAAUCGUCACGACCGUGAUAUAAGCGGCGCAGGGAGCGGGUCCUCAAGCGAAGGUUCCGACACACUGUACAUAACGGGACUUGUAUCGCCGUACUCUUCCUCGGAAGCCGUCUCCCGUAGCAACAGCAAUAGCCCGAAGGGUUCUAGCGAAAACGUAAGGCAGCACACCAUCCCGUUGCUAUCGGUGCCACAUGGUCUACGCAUGCCACCGCACCGUCGAGGCAGCAGUUUGAGCGAGCCCACGCUGUCGGCAGUGCCAGAGGCCUCUGUGCCAGUCCUACCGGCCCGAGGCCACUUGGACCGCACCGGCAGCAGUACCAGCUCCAGCUCCAGUAGCAGCUCGCAAGCUGGAGUUGGAGUGGACCCGUCUCCGGCAGCACUGGCUGCAGUAGACGCUCCGACAGCCUCUGCUGGACAGUCGCAGGCUUUGCAAUACGUUGUCCAAGACGCGCUUCAAGGCCUGUCCGACUUGUCCCUUUCUCAAUCUAGCAUAGCUGCAGGUAGACAGGCGAUGCCCACAAGCCCGAGCUGCCAGCAACAGGGAGCUGGCGAAGGGCGCGGCAGAAGUACAAGCCUGUCCGUCGAGCUCAUGACACCGAAAACACCGUCGUUAGAAAGCCUGCGUGAGGAACAGCUGCAUUCAAAGGAGCGUUGCAGAAGUGCAAGCGUGGCAGUUACUCUACCAGCACCCCAUGCAUCGUCAGCAGAGAAAUCGGAGAAUGAACAGCAGAUUGAGGCCAUACUGGCUGUCCAAGGAAAAAGCAUGAGAGCAAGCUCAACUGUAGGGCCGAGCACUCCACCACCAACAUCGAUACGGCUACAAGUACAACAGAACCAACAGCAGAAUUCACAGCAGCAGCAGCAGCAGCAGCAGCCGACCAUACCAGGAGGUAUUCAAAGUGCACGUUUGUCCGCAGACCUUUCAACGCCAAUAACACCGGCAGUGGAGAAGCAAAACAGACAGCAACAGAGUCCGCCGCAGCCGGCCAUUGAACUGCGCGGUAGAAGCGCGAGCUCAUCUGCGUCCCUAGUAACUCCGAUGUCAGCAUCAACAAAGGAUCAACAACAGAGCGACCUGUCGUCACAUCAGCGUGGCGAGAGACGAGGCAGAAGCGCGAGUAUGCCUGCCAUGCCAGCGAUUGCACAUGCAUCAUCAACACCAGAACCGUCAGCAAACACACAACAGCAAGAUGAACAGCAAGAUGAACAGCAAGAUGAACAGCAAGAUGAACAGCAGCCGUCCAGUGAGGAACGCAGCACAAGCGAAAGCCUAUCCUCAGUGCCGACGACUCGAGAAACACAAUCCGCGGAAACAAAACCGGAAGAACAUCAGCGUAUGCAACAACCGGCCAUUGAAGGACAAGGAAGGAGUGCAAGUUUAUCCGUGGCACCAAUGCCUUCAGCGGCACCAUCAGCCAACACACAACAAGCAGAACAGAAAAUCCUGCGGUCACCUUUGCGCGACGAGCGCUAUAGAAGCAAAAGCCUGUCUGUAGCUGUGGCGACGCCAACGGCAACCGCAGACCAAUCAGCUGGGACGGAGAAGGCAGAACAGGACAGUAGUGCGUCGCCACGGCAACACAGCCGGUCCGUGGACAUUGUCAAGGUAAAGGCCACUCAGCUUCAAUUCGGCCCGCCCGAGGUGGUAACGUUGUCACGAGAGGGGAUGGAGACGGAAGACGACGUGCCGCUAGUAGCCAGGGAGGAGAACAAGCAAUGGUCUCAGUCAUCGUCGGCACGUUUGCAGACUGCAUCAGAUGCUGAAGUAAUUCACCUACCAGGCCUCUCUACACAGCCGCCGGUCUCCGUCAACAUUCAUUUGGCUGCUGCCAAGGCGCCCGGGCUUCUGGAAUUGGCCGUGCCCUGUACCACCAAACUGGGAGCUGAGGUGGAGUUGCCGUUCACAAGUCCAACAUUCACCACCACACCGGUGACUCAUCCGACGACGGUCGCCUCGAGGCGAACACAGCCGAGUGUCACCAGGCCGCAGCCCCUGUUUCCCCCCAUUACCUCCUAUCCGCCGGAGCCGUUUAACGCUUGGACGAUCCGAAUUGAUCACAACUACAGUUGGAGCGGAAUUCAGGAUACUCCAGGGAAACCUAAGACAGACCUAAUGCCAUCAUUGCCACUGGAAGGUGGUCGACCAGUCAAAGGAGCAAUCAAGUUGACCCCGGAACAGUACCCGGGCAAGAUAGGACCCCUUGCGGGACCCCCUGAACCACCACCACUGCCAGAAGCAUUCUCAAGCACUAAGGGUACCUCGCCGAUGUCGCAACGCCCCUCCUCUCAGCGGGCAAUGGUGGCCUCAUCUGUGUCACCUCAAUCCUCCUCCCAAAUAGCAAUGGCUGCCUCAUCUUUGUCGCUUCAAUCCUCCUCCCAACCAGCAAUUGCUGCUUCAUCUUCGUCGCCUCAACCCCCCUCCCAACCAGCAAGGGUGGCCUCAUCUGCGUCGCCUCGAUCCUCCUCUCAACCAGCAAUGGCUGCCUCAUCUUCGUCGCCAGCGCAGACAUUGUCCCAAGGUGUUCCCGUCGCCGCCGCCGCUUCAGUUCUGUCGUCACCUCCGCAGCAGCCCGACAGUCCCAGCUUUGAGUUGCAGCGUGACGAGCUGCGAAUGCACGUCACACCCGACUCCCUUGCCAAGCUGCUAGGUCAGCCAGCCGGCCGGAAGAAACAGGGACAACAGGAAGAUGAGCAGAAAGAAAGAGGACCUGGCUGGCAAGAAACCGACCUGUAGUCAGUCUCCUGGGCUGUCUCUGUAGCCAUUGUGUUCGUAACAGUAACGGUAGCCAUUGUGUUCGUCUCCAUGGUAAUGACUAAUGGUAGCCAUUGUGUUUGUUUCCAAGGUAACGAUAGCCAUUGUGUUCGUCUCUACGGUAGCCUUUAUGUUCGUGUCCAUGGUAAAUGUAGCCAUUGUGUUUGUCUCUACGGUAACGGUAGCCAUUGCGUUUGUCUCUACGGUAACGGUAGCCAUUGCAUUGCUUGAAAUCUUUUGGCCACAGUCCCAGCAACGUUGCAUUGUGUAAUUGCGUUUUUGCUUUGCUUUUGUGCCGUUCUGGCAAAGAAUUGGAUAAGUGUGCACGCACCAUCAUUGUAUUGAACCAGACAUGUCUUGUA